AUGCAGCGAUUGGGCCUGUUUUCAGCGUUGCUGUUUUUGCUGAACUGUUUGUGUGUUGCGGCGAACAAAGAGAACAUAAACCAGAAGGACCAUCAGGUAUGCUCGGGGAUGUACUCGAAGGAGGACUGGAAGGGCAAGGUAGACCCUUUCAUAUCUUUUAAUGUGAGGGAAAUUAGUGAGGUAGGCGAGGAUGAUCCAGGCAUGUAUGUUGCGAUCUUUGAUUUCCAGGAUUUCGAACACUUGGGGGCAAUUCUACCGGACGGCUCCAAGUAUUACAUCUGUGAUGACUAUGCAAUAGAGCUGGGGCUGUGUGAUGAAUCUCAUAAGAACGAGUUCAUUGUCAAGGAGGUUGCGUACGAUCCGAUAACGGGUCAGAAUGUGACGUUGUCGAACCAAAUAAUGACGUUUUCUCAGAGAACCGAGGGUUUACACGAUACUAAGUACCCUGUGAAACAGACAGGGUAUUAUUGUGUUACUGCCUUUACAAGGUCCAGUACUACGAAGUUUAAGGCGACUGUUAACUUCAGAAAUGCGUACGGCCAUCUGGCAGCAUCAGAAGUCAAUAAGAUGCCGCUCUAUGGGUUACUGGCAAUUGGUUACGUGGUAGCAAUGGCUCUGUACUCCUUUGCGUUCUGGAAACACAAGCAUGAAUUGCUGGCUCUGCAAAAGUACCUAUUGGCAUUCUUCGUUUUCCUAACAGCCGAGACGAUCUUUAUUUGGGCUUAUUACAGCAUCAAGAAUGAGAAGGGCGACACUGCCGGUCUGAAAGUCUAUAUGGUAUUCCUAUCCAUUCUAACCGCCGGCAAAGUCACGUUUUCUUUCUUCUUACUGUUGAUCGUGGCCCUGGGUUACGGUAUUGUCUAUCCUAAGCUGAACAGGACUUUAAUGAGACGCUGUCAGUUUUUUGCAGCCUUUAAUUAUGCCCUAUGCGUCGCCUUUUUGAUUCAAAGCUAUAUGCAGAAAGCCGAUUCAACUUCGUUGUUGAUCUUCAUUACCAUGAUUCCUUUGACGAUCUCUAUGUUCCUUUUCUACUUUGUGAUUUUAAGCUGCAUGGGUAAAACUGUGCGCUAUUUGAAAGAGCAAAGACAGGUGGUCAAACUGGGCAUGUACAGGAAGCUUUUGACCAUUAUAUAUGUUUCUUUGUUGAUUGUGCUUGCUGGUUUGGUAUUAUCUACAUUUGUUCUUGUGGGCAUGAACGCUAUUGAAAUGAUAGAACAGCAUUGGAGAACAAGAUUUUUCUUCACAGAUUUCUGGCCAUCGCUGGUCUAUUUUGGUGUCUUCGUCACGAUCGCCUUCAUAUGGAGACCCACAGACACUUCGUAUAUGCUCGCAUGCUCCCAGCAGCUUCCAACAGAUCCAGAGAAUGUUGCUGAUUUUGAUCUUGACGAUUUGCAGUCAUUAGGAGAGCCGGCCGACGAAUUCGAUGACACGAUUAGAGAUGAAGAUAUGAUUUUCACUGACGAGGAAGACAAUCAGCCAAACAAUCAACAGCACGGUGCUCAGCAUCCUAAGUAA